CCGUUGCUAGCGCCGCGUCGCGCCCACCUGAGUGGCCGAAGUGAGGUUCGCGAGUCUUUGGGUCGCGACGGGAAGGAUUGAAGCACCCUCUCUGCGCCUGCGCGCUCCGUGCCUGCGACGCAAACCCGGCCUCACCUUUUGCUGCCCGAAGCGAGAGAUUAUCGCAGUGCUGGUUUCUCCGUCCAGAAGACCCCCCUCCCAGUCCUCUGUAGCUCCUGGUAGUGCCCUGACCGCUGUUGCCACCGUCCUUCAGAGAGCAACGGAAGAGCUUCCCGGAGGGCGAGGAAAAGAGGGAAAGUAGCCAGCAAUGUCGAACGCAAUGUAUAAUAAGAUGUGGCAUCAGACCCAAGAAGCCCUCAGUGCUUUACUCGAUAAAGAGACUCAGAAGAUGAUUGAACCACAAAGAAAUCAGGUUCUCAUCUUUCAAACAUUAGCCACCUUCUACAUAAAGUAUGUGCAGAUCUUUAGAAACCUGGAGAACGUCUACGACCAGAUCGUCCACCCCCAGAAACGAAUACUGAUCAGGAAAGUCCUGGACGGGGUGAUGGGCCGCAUCCUGGAGCUGAAGAACGAGAUGGUGGAGCUGGAACUCACGGAGUUCCAUUAUUUCGAUGAUAUCCUGCAGGAUCUCAAGCUGGCUCCCCAACAAUUAGAUAUUCCCAUACCCAAGUAUUUUUUGAAGGAGAAGUUGGAAGUAAUAAAAGGAAGAGAGAAAAUUCUUGCCCAGAUAUUAGCGGACAGCGGAAUAGAUACAUCUGACAUGAAAUACCCUGUAAAGGGUAUCCCUUUCGACGAGGCUGUUAAAUUAAUCCAAGUUGCUGAGAGGGCACGGCAAGGCCGCCUAAGGGCGUUAUUCAUGAAGCAAAUCUAUCUGCAAGAAUAUAGAGCAAAGCAAUCCAAGAUGCUUGGCAAGAAAGUGACAGAUACCUGGGCUGCUGCACUCCGCAUUCAGAAGGUUUGGCGACGUUUCCAUCAAUAUAAGGAAACUGAAAAACUGAGAGAAGAGGAGAUGAUCUUCCUGGGUAUGAAUCCACCUCCUCUCUUUAAUGAAGUCAGUGCUACAGUAAUCCAGGCUGAAAAGGUGGACUGCCUGCGGAAUGAGGUGCAGAUAAAGCAUGAAGAGGACUACAGGGAAGCCCUGGUUACCAUCAAGAAUGACCUAAAGUUGAUAGAAGGCCUGGACAUCAAGGAGAACCUUCAAGACCAGAUCUGGCAUUGGUUCAUCGAAUGCAGAAAUUUAACCGGGACAUUUCCUGACUACCCUGACAUUGAAGAAGGAGGAUCAGCUAUUAUUUUUUCUAACAAGACCAUACAACAGGUUAUUGAGGAUAUCAUUGCAAACCAAGAGGAAGAAGAAAAAAACGAAAAGAAGAAAAAGAAGAAAAAGGAAAAACAACCCAAGAAAGCCAAAAAACAAAAGAAAGGAACAAAGGAGAAAAAUAAGGAAGAAGAUGAAAAAUGGAAAAUGUCACCAAGUCUUUUUCUUCCUGCGAUGAAGGAAGGAUGUAACGCAUACAGAGGUACUGGUAGAAGCCCCGCUGUCAUCCAAGCUCAAGAAUCCAUCAACUCCUCAACGGUGCAGAGCAGUCACUAUCAAAAACCCCUUUUCACUUGCAUAUUCCUUCAACAAACAUUCAGCAUCUCCAGGGUGUCAGGUGCAGUGCUAGCCCGGAGAUAUAAAGAAAUCUGGAUGAAAAAAGAUGAGUCUUGGAAUUUCUCUCAGGACUAUGAUCCAGAACUGAUCAAAGAGGAGAAACGGAAAGAAUUAGAGUCAGAGAUCAGGGUACAGGUUGAUGAGUUGAUGAGACAGGAACUUAAAAACUUAAAGCUAGCUGUGGACAGAGAAAGGGAGCGCCCAGUGAAAGCAGGAAAGAAAAAGGACAAGAAGAAAGGAAAGAAAGGCAAAAAGAAAGAGAAAAAGGCAAAGAAGGAUAAAGAUCUGACAGCUGACAGGACCAUCGAGUCUCUGUAUAAGGAGCUGGUGGAAGAAGGAUUACUGAUCCAGGCUCUGAAAGUCAACCUCUCUGAUUACAUUGGUGACUACAGCUACCUGGGGACUACUCUUCGCCAGGUAUCCAUAGAACCCAUGCCCUCCCUCCUGGAUGUCAGACAGCUCAUCACGUUGUACGGAAUCUGGCCAUUAGGUUCUGCAGCAGUGCAUGAGAAAGCUCCUUUGGUGAAAUCGUUACUGUUAGCCGGACCGUCUGGGGUAGGGAAGAAAAUGCUGGUCCACGCCAUCUGCACCGAAACGGGAGCCAAUCUCUUCAACUUGUCCUCCUCUAACAUUGCUGGGAAAUACCCUGGCAAAAAUGGCCUCCAAAUGAUGCUGCAUGCAGUCUUCAAGGUGGCUCGACAGCUCCAGCCCUCCGUGGUGUGGAUUGAAGACACAGAAAAAACCUUCUACAAAAAAGUUCCCAACGCAGAAAAGAUGAAUGAACCUAAACGCCUGAAAAAACACCUUCCCCAAAUCCUGAAACUGCUGAAACCAGAUGACCGGAUUCUGAUUGUGGGGACCACACGGCGUCCCUUCGAUGCUGAACUCCAAUCUUUCUGCAAAGUUUACCAGAAAAUUAUUUUGGUGCCCAGACCAGACUAUGCUUCCAGAUACGUUCUGUGGAAGCAAAUCAUUGAACGCAAUGGAGGAGUCCUCACCAGUGCCUUGAAUGUCAGCUGCCUGGCGAAGGUCACUGACGGCUUCACCCAAGGACAUAUAGUCGAAGUGGUUAAAGGCGUGCUCACAGAUCAGAGAAUACGGCAGCAAAUUCAUAAACCUCUCACUGCAGUUGAGUUUAUUAUGGCGAUAGCCAGCAUGAAUCCAGUGUACAAAGAGGAAGAAGAGAGCUUUAAGAACUGGUAUGCCAAAACCCCUCUGGGUAAAAAACGUGCCUUGGCGAUAACAGGAGGCAGCGCAGAAAAGGCAAAGGACAAAGGGAAAAGGAAAGGAAAGAAAGAGAAAAAGGCAACAAAGAAAAAGUAAUGCCUUUCUGAAGAACCAUGCUUGAGUCUCUCUGGGAUGGAGAGGACCCCAACUCACCAAAGAAAAGAUUCACCAUUGCCCGCCUGAAGAAGCCCACAGGGGAAGGAAUUUAGCAGUGUGCAGGUGAGCUGAUGCCGCAAACCCGCUAACCACUGCGUGUGCUGUUAUGCCUUUCCCAGGCUGGACACCUAGCUGGGUGUUCGUCACAACUUUCCAUAGCUUUAAUCCACACCAAGUUUGUAUAUAACUGAAAUUCACUCUUGACGCCCUCCACAGUCUUUCCAAGUUGGACUCUUCCUCUCAUCAGUACUAGUUGUCAAAUUUAAAAUGUAACAGUUAAAGAGUAUUCUAGUUUGACAAUUAGUAAGCAAUGAAUGUAUCAUCAGUACACUAGCUUUUUAUUAAUCCAUGUACACUGUAUAGUAUCUUGCAUCUGUUUUAAUAAAUUCUUUGCUUUAGUAAUAGAUUUUAUAUAAUGAAAUAAAGCUGUUGCCCUUGAACUGA